AUGCCCAGCCAAAAGGAGGCAAGGCCCUGGGUAGACUUGAGACUCCCUAAUAGGCGGGGCUUCUGCCUUCCUCGCCGGGACGACGACUCCUCACCUCGCAUGACCGAAAACAUGGCGCCCAACGCCCAGACCACCUACCUGGACCGUGUUGUCAUGGAGAUCAUCGAGACUGAGAGGGCCUAUGUGAGAGACCUACGCAUGAUUGUGGAGGACUACCUGGCCCACAUCAUCGACCAGGUAGACCUGGCCAUCCGUCCAGAGCAGGUGUGUUUCCUCUUCGGCAACAUUGAGGACAUUUAUGAGUUCAACAGCGAGCUGCUCCAGGAUCUGGACCUGUGCGAGCGUGACGCGGUAGCUGUAGCCAGGUGCUUUGUGAUGAAGAGCCAGUACUUUGACAUCUACACUCAGUACUGCACCAACUACCCAAAUUCUGUACUGGCGCUGACCGAGUGCAUGCAGGACUCGUCUCUGGCCAUCUUCUUUCAGAGCCGCCAGAAUACUCUAAAGCGCUCGCUGCCUUUGGGUUCUUACCUACUUAAACCUGUCCAAAGAAUUCUCAAGUACCACUUGCUGCUUCAGGAGAUUGCAAAGCACUUUGACCCUGAGGAGGAGGGUUACGAGGUAGUGGAGGAGGCCAUCAGCACCAUGACAGGUGUGGCCUGGUACAUCAAUGACAUGAAACGCAAACACGAGCACGCCGUCAGACUGCAGGAGGUUCAGUCGCUGCUGUUACACUGGAAAGGUCCAGACCUGACCACAUAUGGAGAACUGGUUUUGGAGGGAACCUUCAAGGUUCACCGUGCUAAAAAUGAGAGAACGCUCUUCCUGUUGGAGCGAGUGUUGCUCAUCACCAAACGGCGUGGAGAACACUACAUCUACAAGGCACACAUCCCCUGUUCCACAUUGAUGCUGAUCGAGAGCAACAAAGACAGUUUGAGCUUCAGCGUGACGCACUACAAGCAACCUAAACAACCGCACACUGUCCAGGCCAAGUCAGUGGAGGAGAAGGAGAUGUGGGCUCAUCACAUCAAACGCACCAUUCUGGAAACCCACCAUGCUAUCAUCCCACAAAAGGCCAAAGAUGCCAUCUUGAAUUCCAGAUACAAUCACAAGUAUCACUCCAUCCCUAAUCGGGUGAAGAAAGUCAAGUCUCGUCUGACUGACGGGUUUCCACGGCAACAGUCAUUAGAAGUAAAUGAAGGACGUGACACGAGCUUAACAGGACAAGUGGGUGUGGUCUCAAAGGAGAAAGGCCUGUCCUUCAAGCAAGAAUGUGGAUUUGGAGGUGAGGCAGGAAACGACGCAGCUGCUGAGCAGAUGUCCACAAACGAUCUGCUAGCAGAGGAAGUGUUGAAAUCUUUACGUUCUCCUCAUUCCCGCACUUUGACGGAGGAACUGAGUCGAGAAGAAGUUCCUGGAGGCGAAGAGGAACCACCUUCGCAAUUUAAGCCUUCAAGUAGCGGUGAGUCUUCCGAAGACGAGGACAGCGACCGCAGUGGCAGCAUCCUUCCUUCAUCUGUGUUGGACAAAGCGGGCGUCAUAGCUCAGCACUUCAGCAGCAUCAAGAGAAGUGUUCCUGUCCAAGAUGACGUCUUCUUAGUUGCGGCUUUUCCGCGGUCGUCCGGGACGACUGAACCCACCAGGCCAUCGUUACAGCUCAACAGCAUUGGCUCUGAUGUGAGCGACGUCACGGCCUCUACAGAUAUGAACCUCUACUCUCCUCGUGGUGACGUGGAACGAGGCGUCCUGCGGAGACGAGAUUCCAUUCUCUCUAGUCAGGAUCAGCUUCUUAUUGGCAAGAUCAAGACUUACUAUGAUAACCGGGACGCCAACUUCGACCUUCAGCGCAGGGAGAGCCUAACGUACAUCCCAGCAGGCCUGGUCAAAACCUCAGUCAGCCGCUUAAAUAGCACCGAGUCUAUCUCUUUACCCUCUGCAGUAGACCAGCCUUCCCUGGAACUAUAUUCACCCUCGGGUGCCCAUGAUCACAGGUUUUCCACCGACUGCUUGGACGCUCAGAGUAAGGAAGAUCCUAAAGGUUCCCGGUUGACCACAAGAGCAUUCCCAACAUCCGGAUGUCAAAGGGUAGAAGACUUCAGACCUUCCUCUGAAAUGGUCCAAAUCUGGCAGGUGAUGGAGCAGCAGCUCGGCGAGACGUCCUCCUUUUCUGACACCCCAAGCAGAAGACAUCAGAAGGAGGGUAGAGCUUCGGACAUCUCCGCUGUCACGAAAAAGUCAUCCGUUCCUUCACACCUCAAGGUCAAAACCAACCAAACGACCCACACAGGAAGUCUGACCAAUGCUCCCAUCGUUCUCCCAGCUGAGGUCCCUCAGGUCGGGGGAAAAACAGCGGACGAGGACGACAAAGUGGAGAGCAAGGUCCGCCAUCUUGCUCGUCAGUUCAGCCAGCGGAUCAAAAUGGUCAACCCUCUUGUCCGAAAACAAAAUGACAGUAGCCUGACAAGCAGGAAGAAGUUGGCCCGCGUUGACGAGGAAAGUUCAGGUCAACCCAACACAGUUUUCCCUAUGGGUCCUUUUAAUCCGGUCCGGUCUGUGAGUCCGGGUGGAACUUGCCUUCACAGUCCUAUUGAAGGUUUCAACUGGCCCGACGUGCGAGAACUGCGGUCCAAGUACUCUGACCAGAGCGUCUCCACUUCGCAGCAGAUGUCUGACCUUGGCCCUCAGCGACGUUCCUGCUCUUCUUCUAGCGCGGCUCUUAGCGAGAAGUCGUUCAACAAGCACACUGCCAUGGGCCACGAGUCCUGCAAACAAAUCCACAGAAGAAAUUCUCUGGACCCUCGGUUUAUCACGGCCCACCGGCGUAAGAUAACAGAGCUUCAAGGCCGCCUGGACGCUAACGGCACCGACAGAGACGACCGUGGUGCAGCAGAGGGCUCGCUAGAAACACCAACUGACAAUCUCAUCGUCACCAAGGCACUUUUACCAGAAGAAGCAGCAGCGAGCAAAGACGAAGACAUGAAAGAUAACGUGCAGAUCCGCUCACCGACCAGCCGAGAGAAAAUCUCCAUCUUGGCCGUCAUGGACCGCUGCCGGGUCUACAAGGAGUCUGAUGAGUACAAGCAGAGGAGCAAGUCAAUCAAGUCCUUCAGUGACGGCCCUCAAACAGUGAACGCUGCCUCAGAACCAAAGAACACGGUGAGGAGUCUCACACUUAAGUUCCAGAACCUCAACUCCUAAAAUCAUUCCUGGAACCAAUCAUGUUUUUUCUCUUGUUGCCGACAUGUGAUGUGGCACCGUGUCACCAUCUGGACAGUGUCUCCAGGACAACAGCAACUAUUCACAAAGAAAAUAUGUUAUUGUCAUAUGCAAAUGAUAUGUAAAUUUGAUAACUUUCCUCUUUUGACUUUGCAGUAAUGUUCAUCCACAAAAUGUAUCCUACCCUAUGUAUUUAUACUAUACAUUCUAUUGUUGUACUAUACAGUAUACAGUACAUGUAUACCAUACAAUAGAUGUAUUUAUUAUAUAUUUGUACUAUACAGUAUAUUUAUACCAUACCCUACAUGUUUAUAGUACCAUACAUUAUAUAUUUAUACUAUAUGUAUUUGUACUUUACAGUAUAUGGUACAUUUAUACUAUAUAAUAGAGGUUUAUAGUAUCCUAAACUAUGUAUUUGUAUAAUAGUCUACACUAUAUUUAUACUAUAUAAUAGAUUUUACAGUACAGUAGAUCCCACCUAUUUGCGAUCUGACAUAUUUGUGGAUUUCUUUUGUCUGCUUUAAAUUGUAAGUAUAUUUUUAAUGUAAACUUGAGUAGAAAGUGGUUUGAUGGCACUAUCUGCAGGGUAAAAAGUGCUGCAGUUAAACGUCCAACAGAGGGUGCUGUGUCAUGAGUCAAUUCAGUCAAUGCUUUAAGAAGACAACGUUUUUUUUAAGUGCAAUACUCGAUGGCUGUCAUUGUUUCUUCAUGUGUAAAACUGUUUCUUAACUGGGGUAUUACAGGAUCAAAAGUACAUGUUUUUUAUAGGGGUAUAAUAUAUAUAUAUGUAUAUAUAUAUUUUUUAUUUUUAUUUGUAUUUGUAUUUGUAUUUUUUUUUUUAACCUUUUUUGCCAUUUGCCGGGCUCAUGGAAUAGAUAACUCCAGCAAAUAUCAAAAAUCUAUUGUACGUAAAUACUCCAUUCUAAAGUAAGUAAAGAUCAUGGAUCAUGGGUAU